GGAUGAGAUCACGCAUGCUGGUUGGGAUGCUCAAAGUCUUCAUUGAGGCAGUGCACUUGGAAUUGGGCCUUGCAGGACUGGUAGAAUCUUGCUCAGUGGGGAUAGAUAAGGGAACAAUUUGUGGGUAGUAGCGAUUAUCAAGUGUACAGGGAAAUCAAUAAGCUUCUAAAGAGACUAUUAGAUAAUAUAGAUGCAUGUAUCUUUAUAUAUGUCCAUGUGUGUCUUGUGUGUGCCUGGAUACAGUCACCCACACAUUCUUUAUAAUGACCUUAUAUUCUUUUAGGGGCACCUGGGUGGCUCAGUCGGUUAAGCAUCUGACUCUUGAUUUUGGCUCAGGUCAUGAUCUCACGGUUCCAUGAGCUUGAGCCCUGCGUCCAGCCCACACAGACGAUGCAGAGCCUGAUUGAGAUUCCCUCCCUCUGUCUCUGCCUCUUCCCUGCCUCAAAAUAAAUAAAUAAACUAAAAAAAAAAAAAUCUUAAACAAAAAUAAAGACCUUCUAUUUUUUCAAAAGCAGAAGAGUAAUGGUUUUAAGUCACAACAUUGUCCAAACUCUGUUCUCCACUUCUACCUAGAACAAGAAUAUGUCUAAGCAGCAGUUACUAUUAAUAGACAUUCAUGUUUAUACCGGUCAGGUAGGAAUGAACUGGUUUUUUUCUUUUGUGUCAUUUUUCUUUUCCCCCCAGGCAUCUAACUGCUGCCUUUCUUUUCUUUCUAAGUAUUGGCUCUUCUUUUCUAGCAUGUUGAAACGUUAGACUUCCUGUUUCUGCUUGAUUUUGAAAUUAUCUCCUGUUCGCCUAUCACAGGUAAUCCCUGGGUUUCUGUGUAGACACAGUUUAUGGGCAGCCAGUGCAGGCAGCAACCAGUCCCUUCCCAUUGUGGAUGUGGAGACCUCUCCGGAUUCACAAUUAAAGGCUCCAUAAUGCAUUCCACUACAGGUGACGAAACCCAGCUCCCAGAAUAACAAGCAAGACAGCUUUUAAAGUGACUGCUGUUGACCAGUGUCUUCUGUGCGUUUGUUUGGUAAACGUAUGGUGGAUUUUUUUUUUUUUUUUAAAGAAUGGUAUAAAUUCUUUGGAAUUAUUCUCGGGGGAAGCCUGACUCUUCCUGAAGGCAAUACAGUUACCAUAGAAUCCCUAUCAACAGAGAGGCCGUGUAUGUUCCUCUGGUCUUUGUGACUACCAAGACGCCGUGAAGCCGUCCUUCUGACCGAGGACGGGGGCGGGAAAUGCUGAAACUAGUGGCCACAGAUGUCUUCAAUUCCAAAAACCUGGCCGUGCAGGCGCAAAAGAAGAUCUUGGGGAAAAUGGUGUCCAAAUCCAUUGCCACCACCCUCAUCGACGACACGAGCAGCGAAGUCCUGGAUGAGCUCUACCGAGUGACCAAAGAGUACACCCAGAACAAGAAAGAGGCGGAGAAAAUCAUCAAGAACCUCAUCAAAACAGUCAUCAAGCUGGCCAUUCUCUACAGGAACAACCAGUUUAAUCAAGAUGAGCUGGCGCUGAUGGAGAAAUUUAAGAAGAAGGUUCACCAGCUCGCCAUGACCGUGGUCAGCUUCCAUCAGGUGGAGUACACCUUUGACCGCAACGUGUUGUCCCGGCUGCUGAAUGAAUGCAGAGAGCUGCUGCACCAGAUCAUCCAGCGUCACCUCACGGCCAAGUCACACGGACGGGUUAAUAACGUCUUCGACCAUUUCUCAGAUUGCGAUUUUUUAGCUGCCUUAUAUAACCCCUUUGGAAAUUUCAAGCCCCACCUACAAAAACUCUGUGACGGCGUGAACAAAAUGCUGGAUGAGGAGAACAUUUGAGCGUGUGAGCAAAGACUGACUGCUCGUGAUUUAUUUGAAAAUGGAGCACUGUUGAUGUAUGAAGGAAAAAAGAAUUUUUUUUUUUUUUUUUUUUUUUAAGAUUACACAUGGUUCAGAAAGACAUUGGCCAAUCCGGUUGGUAGACGUCAGUGGUAAUGUCUUAUGUGGCUUGUUUUAUUGAAAGAAAAGCAUAGUGCCAAAAAGUCUGGUGAAAGGCUCCCGAAUGGUUGACAGAUCAUGGGAAAAGUGGAUGAUGCAAAUAUAGAGUCAUACAAAGAUGAAUAUGUAUGGCUCUGAACCUCAAGACACCUAUUUUAGAGCAGUUAAUAGCACAUUGGAUAUUCCUGACGUGUACAGAGUUAUGUAUUUUGAUUCACUAUUAUUCCUUACUAUGUGUAUGUACCUCUGUUAAGAAGCCGAGGUCUUUCUCUCGCUCUCAUUGUUCCUUUUGAAACAAUUGCAUUUGCGAGUUUACCUUUGGUUAAACAUUCUUGCAUUAAAGAUUGUGUCACUGACCUUCAAGAAUUAAGUCUUCAUGGAGAAUUAAGACACUCAAGAAUUAAGGCGGUCAAACGGAACCCUCAGAAAAAUUGAAAAACGGCUUCUCUGAAGUCAGUAUUGUAGGAACCAACUGUAUGUGACAUCACGAAUAAUGUUUCUGGAGUUGAAACGCUUCUGGAGUUGAGUCCUGUUUUUUAGUACCAACAGUGCUACAUCCAAAACGUGGUAAUUCUUGAAAAUGUGCUGGUGGCAUCUCUACCCAUUUUCGAUGUGAGAGUCACAGAGGAAAAUCUAGGUGGUUCUUGUAAAAGUUAAGUGGUAUUAAGACAGUUACUACAAUCUUUAUUGUAGAGAGGAGCCCGUCAAAAUAAUGUAGGGGGAUAAGGGCCAAAAAGGAGGAAAGCAUAUUGCUGUAGCAUGUGAGAAUGGAAAUAAAAGGCAUUUCAAUGUUUAAUAAGGUUUGAUAGGUAAAUAAAGAAUGUCACUUUUUUAUUUAACUAUAAGGUUUUUGCUACUUUGUUAUGUGCUAUUUUGAUGAGUAAACCAAAGAAUAUGUGCAUUCUAAGCAGUUUGUGUGUUGUUUGUAUAUAAUUUUGUGUGUGAAUGAUAAAGUAAGCAUCUUACUUAAAAA